CGGGGCGUGGGGCGGCUCCGGGCUGGGAUGUGGCACCGCCGCGGAGCCGCCGCCUGGGAGCUGGGAGCGCGGCGGGAGCCCCUAGGCUCCGAGCAGCCGGCUCCCCACGCCCGGGGGCAGGAGCCUCCCAGGUGCCAUUGAGCGGCCAUGGAGGAGUCCACACGGCUGGGUUACUGCAUUGUGGUCAGCAGCUUCGUGGCCUUCCAGUUCUUCUUCUCGGCCGUCAGCCCCCAGCUCUCGCUGGCACUCAGCCGCCGCUACUGCGGCCUGACCACUGUCAAAAAGUGCGAGUGGAACUCCAGGUGUGUCUCCACUCUGCACGCGCUCAUCGUCGGCCCCUUCUGCCUCUACAUCCUGCUUUUCGAUGGAGCCAUUAACGCCAACCCCAUCUGGGGGGACCCUUACCUGGUGAAACUCAACGUGGCCAUCACCUGCGGCUACCUGCUCUACGAUUUGCUGCUGCUCCUGCGCUACUGGAAGACGCUGGGCGACUCCCUGUUCGUUUGCCACCACUUGGUGGCGCUGUACGCCUACGGAUACGUGCUGAGCCGAGGGGUGCUGCCCUAUUUCGCCAACUUCCGCCUCCUCUCCGAGCUCUCCACCCCAUUCGUCAACCUGCGGUGGUUCUUUGACACUGUGGGGCAGCCCCGCUCCUCCUGGUUCGUCCUGGCCAACGGCCUGGCCAUGACCAUGGUCUUCUUCCUGGUGCGCAUCGCCGUCAUCCCCAGCUACUACGCCCGCGUGCUGUCCUGGUACGGCACGCCCGAGUACGCCCGCCUGGGGCUGGCCGUGCAGGUGGCCUGGAUGGUGCCCAGCCUGGCCCUGGAGGUCCUCAACCUGGUCUGGAUGUACAAGAUCAUCCGGGGCUUCUACCGGGCCUUCUGCCGGCCCCAGGAGCGCAAGGCGGCCUGCAGCCAUGGGGACUAAGCGGGAGCUGGACUUCCCCAGGGGGCACAGCGAGGGGGCCCACAAGCUCCUGGCAGAGAUGGAAGAUCCACUCUAGUUCCCAUCAGAGCCCACAGCAACAGAAAUACCCUGGCCUGGCAUGUGCCCCCAGGCACCUGGACUGGCCCCCCACUGAGCAACAGGGGCAUCUGGACUGGCACAUGCCCUACAGGCUGCUAGGAAACUCAUGGAGAUCACAGACUGGCAUAUGUCCCAGGCACCCAGGAAAUCCAAGGGGCACCGGGACUGGCACUGAGCACUUGGGACAUCUGGACCUGUGCAUGCCUGUCUUUGUGGGGGCCUCUGUGUCCAUGCACAAGGGGCGCGGAGGCUCCAGCUGGGUGGGGGGUCCCAGGAGGCAGGGGCAGAGCGUGGAGCCACGGUAGGGCCACGCUGCAGCCUAGUGAACGGCUUCCCCAGGCCCCCGCACUCUCUCCAACGCCUACAAAAAGGGGCAGAAGGCCCACACUACUGGGCUGGAGAGUUGGGGGCGGGGCGGGGCCCACGUGUGCUGAACCCCAGGGGGCCAACGGUUAUUUGUAGCUUUUGAGGACAUACACACGCACCCCACGCCCCAGGAUCCUGCAGUCUGACCCAGGUUCCUCCCUGCCAGAUGCCUCCUGGCCUAUAGCACCCCCCCUUCCAUAAAGCCCUGGCCCCCUCCCAAAGGGGAUGGGGCAGGGUCCUGGAGCUGAGCCUGCUCUGGCAGGGGGAGCUGGCUGCGGAGUUGGGAGCCACACGGGUCCCAGCGGGGGUGUCUCUGCCACAGGUCAGCCCCCAGCUAAACUUGUUCAAAACCCCCCGGGCUGGGGCCCCCGAGAACCAGGCUGUAGUCCCUGCUCUUCUGCAGAUGCCCAAGGUGAGUCGUGGUGCCUCUGUGCCUCAGUUUCCCUGUCUGUUAAAGGGGGACAACACCCCUUCAGUUGUGCCUUCUCUCUUCAGACUGGGAGCUCUGUGGGGCAAGCCUGUCCUCCACUCUGUAUCUGUGCAGCGCCCGGCACGGCCGGGGGACCCCAAUCUUGGCCAGGGCCUCUAGGCCUUUGCACGCUCCCAGUGACACUCUGAAGUAGCCUCCCUCACCAGGUCUCGCUGCGGGCGGCUCCGAGAUCGGGUUUUUUGGACGGUUUCCAGUGAAGAAUCUCAAAUUCCUUCUUGAUUCCUUGUUUCAUAAGUGACAUGUUUGCCCUAGUGAGGAAUUAACCCUCCCCCCAUACUAAUUUAUUAACGCCAAACCCUCCCCCGCCCGGGCCGGGGGAUAAGCGCCCAGCUCUCCCCCGAACCUGGCUGGGCUCCGACCUCUCCGGCCACGUUUGCCUCCAGCGUCUGUCUGUCUGUCUGUCAGGGGAGGGGUGGGACCCUCAGUGAGGGUGUCAGGGGACAGGCCACUGGGCUGGGAUUCAGGACACCUGCAGUCCAUCCCCAGCUUUGCCACUGGCCGGCUGGGUGACUCUGCACAAGUCACUGCUCAUUCUGUGCCUCCAUUUCCCCUCUCGCCCUUUGUUUAGAUUGUGAGCUCGUUGGGGCAGGGACUGUACUUCGUUCUGGGUCUGGGCAGCCCCCAGCAGAACAGGAGCACCCCCACAUCUCAGCUGGGGUCUGGGCAGCCCCUGGCACAAUGGGAGCACCCCCACAUCUCAGCUGAGGUCUGGGCAGCCCCUGGCACAAUGGGAGCACCCCCACAUCUCAGCUGGGGUCUGGGCAGCCCCUGGCACAAUGGGAGCACCCUGAUAUCUCAACUGGGGUCUGGGCAGCCCCUGGCACAAUGGGAGCACCCUGAUAUCUCAACUGGGGUCUGGGCAGCCCCUGGCACAAUAGGGGGCCCCAAUAUGUCAUCUGGGGUCUGGUAGCCCCUGGCACAAUGGGGGCCCCAAUCCUGGUUAUGGUCUCUAAGGACAGUAGGACCGAUCAGUAAUACACCAAUUUGCACCAGCUGAGGAUCUCGCUCUCCGACCCCUCCAGGCCUGGCUGUCAAUUGCCUCUUAGUAACAGCGGGUACUCUUGGCUGCCGGGUUCAAGGCUGGCCUGGAGCAUUUACUCUGUCACACGUCCCCUUGGUCUGGUCCCCACCCUCGCUCUCCGCCCCAAAGCCCAGCGCACCAGAGCCCAGCCCUGAACUCAAACCUGCCUCCCUGGGCCCGAUGCCGGGGGAUUCUCCGGCCUGUUCUCUGGGGAGCAAUCAGAAUCCACUGCCCACCGUGCUGCCCGGUGCCAGCUCAAACCUGGCAUUUCAUACCCUCCGCCCCAAACACCUGCAUCCCUGUUGGCCUGCGCCCACCCAGAGCAGCACCCAGGCUCCUGCUGCCACCCCCUGGGGGGUGCCGCCGGCAGGAGAAAGGGGGAGGGUACAGAUAGAGGGACGUGACAUGAAUUGCAGGGACUCAGGUUUGCCAUCAUGCGGCAAGAUCAUUCUCACGCCUUGCGGCACCAUUCUCACGAGGGGUGGAUCCCCCCGUCUGAGGCCCGUCUCUCAUCCCGCCCCCUGGACUGUGAUCGCCAAGCAGCGCGGGGACCUUGGCGGCUGGUGUAUGAAAAUAACAAUAAACAGGAUUUAGUUUAUUA